UAUGUAAUAAACUUAUGUAAUUGUGUUAAAAUUUCACAAUUUUGAUAAAAACUACAAUAUAGGGCACCGUGUGAAGGUGGAAUUAUGAGUCAACAUGAGUUUAUUUGCCCUUGUGUGUUUUACUUUGCUGCAGCAAGCAUUCUCGCAAUGCCUGUGGCCAGCACCAACCCCGAUCAGCCUGUCACCACCACCGGUUGAACUGCUGUUGCCCCCACUCCCUCCAUGUGCCCCAGCCUGCCCCUCACUUGCCUCUGAACUACCGGCGCUCACACCACUUCUAUCCUCUACACUAUCUGCUUCAAUCGCUGCUUCUUUACCGCCGUUGUUAGAAGCUGCGUUACCGUCUGUACUAUCAUCGGCGUUAGCUGCAGCGGCGCCGUUACUUAAUGCAGUACCAACGUGUGGAAAGGCACCAGCUUGCUUGCCUCUGCCUCCUGCCCCUAGUUGUGUAGCUGCCCCCGCGCCUAUGUACUUGUCUAUGCCUCCACCUACACCUUGCGUUUCUUUACCACCUGCUCCUACAUGUGUUUCCUUACCCCCACCUGCCCCUACCUGUGUUUCUCUGCCUCCGGCUGCCCCUACGUGUGUUUCCUUGCCCCCAGCGCCUACAUGCAUGGCUUUACCCCCACCUCCAUGUGCGACUGCCCCCAUGGUUUACGCUGCCCCACAUUAUUAUGGUUGUUAAUGUGUGAAUAGAUAUUGUGUAAAUUAGGCCAAUAGUGGGAAAAUGUGCAAUGAUAAACUAGCUUAUUUUCGUAUACCAUAUAGUAUCGCUAUAGAUAAAUCAUGUAAAAAUGUGUCUAUUGCCGUUGUUUACAAACCGAAUAUUGUAAUUUCAAUGAAUUUUGUUAAAUUUUUGGAUCGAAUAUGUUAAAACUGACAUUAAUUGUAAUGUUUACCUAAAAUUGAUAAUAAACGUUUUAAAAAUA